UAUAUCAUAGGCAGUAAGUAUGGAGAAUCUGUGAAAAGCCUUAACAAGGAAAAGUCAUAGCAGGAUCAAGAAGAUUUUUGGAGGACUUGAUAAUCUUUUGUACCCUAAGUGAUAUACGGGAGAUGGACCUCUCAUGUCCUAUUCUGUAGCAAUGUCGGCUAAAUCUAAGCAAGAUAUGAAAGGGCUCAGGGUUAUAAAGGUUGAAAACCCAUCUGCUCCACACAACUUUGAAGAUUUCUGGGGGUUUAAUUUUAUGAGGAUGUUGAGUGAUGGCAUUGUCACAAGUGGUGCUAACAUGAGAGUAGGAAGUCCUUACCCAGUCAGGUUUGAAAACUAUGAAUUCGAUGUCAAGCUUGAAGAUGGAACCCAUGCUUACUUAUGGGAUGGGAAGAAAGAGAUAGGAAUAAGGACAAGAUCAUCCACUACAAGAGAAGUGAUUGAUAGAUAUUUUUCUGAGAAAGAAGAAUUGAAUCAAUACUAUAAUUGGACAUUAUUUGUGAGUGAAGAAGAGCCGAAAGAUGAGAAAGCAGUCUUCUUGAAGGAAAAUGAAGCUCAUCAUAUUACUAACUAUCUUCAUAGUGAGCUUGAAUGCCAAAUAAUUUUAGUUGAAGCAGGACCAAAUACUGUUCAUAAAUAUUUUAGACAAGGUCUUGAAGUCAAAAAUCCUUCCGAUGUUCUUUAUGUUGCUGUUCAAUUUGGAGAAGUGCAGAAAGACGACUUAGUUUAUGGUAAAGAUGGAGCUAUUGAUUUUAUGGAUCCAUCCCACCAAGAUGUUGGCAGAUAUAAUCUCCUAAACGGCUACACCCAAUUAAUCUUAGAACACCAAACUACUUGAUGGUUCAAUGCAUCUCAACCAAACUAACAUUUUAGGCCAAGAUGCGCUUAAUGAAGACUCCAUGAACUCCCUGAAAGGGGUUGGGUAGAUCAUGAUACUAGCAAGCGCUUCAGGCAAAAUUUGAAAAACUUUGUCUCCAAAUUGACAAAUCAUGCAGAGUUUGAGUAGGAUCAUACCAAAAUUUUGGAUGAAUGCUAUAUACACUUUUAAAUUAAUCCUCAUUUUCUGAUGUUCUACUCCUAUCUGCACACUCUGA